AUGGCUGCAGUAACACACCACUCGCCAACACGCCCUCACACCCGUACACCCGAACACCCACACACCCAAACACCCGCGAGCACAGCCUCGCAUGAUAUCGCGUACGACAAUAUUGGACCGGAAAUUAGUAUUGUUCUUUCGUCUGAGGCAAUAUUGGCUUUUCCAGAGGCGAUCAUGUGGAAAUCUCGUUUUUGCAGGAUUGCUUUUCCGCUUGUGUCGUUCCGCGGUCGGCAGACGCCAUGGCGGAUGUCGGGAGGAUAUAUCGGAAUCCGGAUGGCGACAAUAACAGUGUUGGAGGGCAAGGGUGGGGUGGGUUGGGGCUUAAAUACCCCAGCUGAUGUUCGACAAGCAAAAGCGCGUACUCUGCUGAACCACCUCGAUUCCAUUACGAGUUCCAGCGGCGGGGGUGGUUAUCCGAGAGGAAAAAAACAGUAA